GAUCAAUGUAGUGUAUAUAUACAGGGCGUACUCGGGAUGUAAAGCGAGGCCUGUUUAUACACCCACAGUCUGUGAAGUUAUGGUGUUUAGACCGCUAUAAAAACUCUCAUUCCUUACGAUUAGAAAUUCAUAAUCAACAUGGCGGGUAGAUGUCUAACAUUACAGAUUCUAUUGGUGUUCCUAUCAUUUUUACCAGGAUCGCUGGGGGACAACUACUCACUGACAGGAAUGGUGACUUCAAUCAUCGUUUCUUCCUUUGCCUUUAUUGCCAUGCUAGUUAUGCUCGUCCUGGUCGUCACAUGGAAUCGAUGGUUUCCAAAAUACCAAAGAUGGCAAGGUAGAAGAAAAAUGCCCCGACCCAGGAAACCUAAAUUUGACUUGAGCCCCAAUCAGAACGGAGUGAAGAGUGUUCCUUCAACAAUCAAAGUUACGUCAUCUCGUCCAGGGUCCCGCCCAUCUACACAGCGGGGAGGGGACAUUAUGAAACUUCAAAAUGGGAGUCAUGUAAACACUGUCUAUAGUGCUAACUCUACAGACCAUUGGAUACAAGAAAUCCCAACGCCGCGGUAUGAAGAAAAGGGUAAACAGAUAAACUUCGAGGAGGAGGAAGACGAAGAACAGGUGAUUGUUACUGAGGUUGUAACAGAUCUGAACUCAACUCAUAAACCAAAUGUCGAGAACCAGAAUAUCAGUCUGAGUCAGACGGUCAAGGCCGAGGAGAUCCAAAUGACAUUACAAAAAGAGCCAAUAGAAAGCGAGAAGACAACGGACGGUGUCAUGAACUUUCAAUUCCAAGACGACGACGACGACGAGGCUGUAGCAAAUCUAAGCGCCAGUAGGCGGGGCCAAGAAGAAGAGGAAAUGAUACUGUACUAACUUUUUGUGCUGCUAGAGGUUGUACUUGGUCAUUAAAUUGAAAGUCCUUUACGCAAAGUGAUGGGGUAAAAUGAAUAUUGGAAAUAUUUUACUUUCUCUGGUGUGUAAUUGUCCAAGAGAGAAAAGUGGUAAUUUUACAAUGCAUUUUAUAGCUUUCGAAUUGCAUAACUCAAGAAGAUUGUCCCUAUAAUUAGCCCCAAUAAUUGAAGUCCCUCCCGAGAUAAGAUUAUACCGAUUUAUUUUUAUUCGACAUUAGCAUGGGCCCGCAGAACACUCAUGUGCAGUCAUGCAGUUCAGGUAUUUGCAAUGCAAUAGACAAAUGCAUCCUAUCGCUUUCAUCUAAUAAUACCAUGAAUUGAAAAACUCACCUCAAUUCGAAAAUUCGUGUGUCAAUUUACAGUUGGAAUGGAGAAAAGUAUCUUUUUCCUCCGCUCUACUUCACAAAUGGCGGUCAUUUCCACUUCGAGGGACAGGUAUGGGAACUCCAUUAUACAACACUGGCAGUAGUGCUUUACUGCGAUCUAAAAAUAUAUAUAUUAUGUAUUUUCGAAUUAUUUUAUUGUCUUCAGAAUUUUAAAGUUUUUCCAGUUGACAAUGUUGUGUUUUCUACAUUUAGCGUAUUCGCACCAAUGGAGCAAAAAUUAUUUUUUACAAGUAUAUGUAAUAAUAAUUAGAACAAUGUCGACAUUGUAAUCGUUUAUAUAACUGUAUUUACUAAAAUUUGAUAAUUACACGUUAUUCCCGAUAAAUGUAAUGAAUCUCUGAAAUCCGUAAAUCUGUGGUUAGUUUAUAUUUUUACACACGUUAACUAUGUACUAAGGAAGUAAAAUGUUUUGAAGUGCCACGUGCCAUAUUCCAUAAUAUUUCAUAUUGGAGCGCCCUGCCUUCAGCUUUUAGGCAUACGAGACACGGGAUAGUGAACAUUUUCAUGUUACUAUGAAAAUGUUCCCCCGUGAUAUAUAUGUUCUCUUCGUUCAAACAUCAAAGUUGCAGUUUUAACAACUUAAAAUUUAUUAGAUUCAUAAAAAAAAAUAACAUUAAAAAUUAAAAAAAUAUUUUCAUUUAGUAAUAAUUGCCAAAAGUUAAUUCUUUUGCCAAAAGUUAAUUCUUCACUACACAAGUUCGAUUCAUCGUUUCAAGCUUAUAUUCCACUAUCAUAAAAAAAAGAGCAGGGGGGGGGGGGGAGGAGUAAAUUUGGAAAUUGUAUGUAAAAAUUAAGGUAAAGAUACAUUUACGAAAACGGGGGCAAUUGGCCUCAUCUGCCAAGUGCCCGUGUGAUUACCGAACAAACGCAGUGAUUGUAACAAUUAUAUAAUCAUCAGUCUCAUAACCAGUAAUUCAUUACUGUUCAGGAAAUAUAUAUAACUCCUGAUUUCAUUUAUAGUAACUUAUAAUCGAUGUGAUUUUAUUGUGAAAUGUCAUUUGAUACAUUUCAAAAUACUUGUGUCUCUCUGAUUUUUAUGUCUCUGCUAUAUUUGUACUUGUUCAUAACUGUACUACACAAUGUUGUUUUAUUAAGUACUGUUUUAAUCAGAUUCGAAAUGUACAUUGCAUAUAUAUUUUUAUACAAAUUUUGUACGUAAGAGGUGUAUAAUAAAAGUGUCACAUUGCC